AUGUUUGCCACUGCUGACACUAACAAGGACCGCCUUUUCCAUAAUCCUUCGCUUCCCGAAGAGACGGCGCGGGACGCGCUCGACGACGCUGAGCUAGAACAGGUGUUCAGCGAAGAUCGCGAGGUCGAAUACCGGGAGGACAGCGAGGAGAUGCCUCCAAUCACAUGGUACAGCAUACGCCGGUAUGCUGUGACGAGAUUCACGUCUCUGGCGCACGUUCACAGCGUCUCGUGGCACAACUUGAACCCGAUCCCAGAGUUGCGAAAGAUGAGUUUGCAGAACUGGAACUACUUCUUUAUGGGCUACCUGGCGUGGCUCUGUGCUGCUUGGGCUUUCUUUUGCGUGUCUGUGAGCGCGGGAUCGCUAAGUCAGCUUUAUGGCAAGUCUACACACGAUAUCACCUGGGGGCUGUCGCUGGUGCUGUUUGUUCGUUCAGCUGGAGCGGUGAUCUUUGGAUUUUGGACCGAUCGCUACUCGCGUAAAUGGCCGUUUAUCGCAUGUCUGCUGAUCUUCGCCGUGGCACAGCUGUGUACUCCGUUCUGCGAUACGUACAACAAGUUUCUCGGGGUCCGCUGGCUGACCGGUAUCUCAAUGGGCGGUAUCUAUGCGUGUGCCUCUGCAACCGCGAUCGAGGAUGCACCCGUCAAGGCAAGAUCGUUCCUCUCUGGAUUGUUCUUCUCGGCCUACGCGAUGGGCUUUAUCUUUGCGAUCAUCUUCAACAGGGCCUUCAUUCAUGUCAACGGGGCCGACUCAUGGAAAAUCCAAUUCUGGUUUAGCACUUUCCUGCCAGUGCUGCUCUCCGCUUGGAGACUGUUGUGGCCAGAGACUCGCUACUUCAGCAAAGUGCUCAAGGCCAGGACGCUGAUGCAGCGCGAUGCGAUCGAGGCCAACGGCGGUAGACCACUUCCCAAGAUCAGCGCCGGGGAAAGAUUCCAGAAAGUUAAGGCCACUGUCAGGAAAUACUGGAUCCAUUUCGUCUAUUUGGUCAUCCUGCUGGUUGGUCCCAACUACUUGACACAUUCUUCACAGGAUUUGCUGCCCACUAUGCUUCGUUCUCAAUUGGGACUGUCUGAGGAUGCGGUCACGGUGAUCGUCGUCGUCACCAAUAUCGGUGCAAUCUGCGGCGGUAUGAUCUUCGGACAGUUGAUGGAAAUCACGGGCAGAAGGCUCAGCCUGCUGAUCGCUUGUACCAUGGGAGGCUGUUUUAUCUAUCCGGCAUUCAUGUUAAGAACCAAAGAGGCCAUCCUUGGCGCUGGCUUCAUGGCUUAUUUCUGUGUGUUUGCGGUUUGGGGUGUGUUGCCCAUUCACAUGGCGGAGCUGGCGCCCGCUGAUGCGAGGGCCUUGGUGUCAGGCCUAGCUUAUCAACUCGGAAACUUGGCAUCGGCCGCUUCAGCUACGAUCGAAACUCAGCUUGCCGACAGAUUCCCAUACGAGAAAAAUGCCCAAGGUGAAACUACCAAGCAUGAUUAUGCCAAGGUUAUGGCCAUUUUGACCGGAGCUGUGUUCAUCUUCACUUUCGUAUGUGUCUUCGUUGGCCACGAAAAGUUCCACCGUGAUCUGUCAUCACCCGUCAUGAAGAAGUACAUCAGCGAAGUGGAAACCUUGGAGGCUGAUGGUGUCUCAAUCAAUGAAUAUGUGGACAAAGAGAUGAAAUUGGAAAGUACAGCAAUGAACCUGUGCGACUCUUCUGUAUCGAAGACAUCUGAAGAACAAAUCGAGAGAGUCUGA